AAUAACAAUAUAACAAUGAAGUACUAUUAUAUAUACAGUUGCAUUAGAUCCAAUAAUAUGUCUAUACAAGAUCCCACAAUUUAUGAUCAAUUAGUUGUCAAGUUAGACUUGGAUGAUUCUGAAAUUAUAAGAAACAAAUUAAUUGCAUUCUUAAAGAACUUGAAGACUCGUUGGAAUGAUGUUAGUCGCAAAGCUGCAGCUUUUGAGAAAAAGUAUGCAAAUUGGUUGGAUACUGACUUUAUAUCUUCUGCAUAUGUUCCACCUGCUACUCCAACAAUUGUUACCACUCCUUUUGGAAGACCUACUUUGAAUUUUGAUGAGUCCUCUUUGAGAUCUAAGUAUAGAAAAGUUGCUGAAAUGGAUCAAUACUCUGCUAGCCAACUAUUAUUUGCAACUAAAGUGAAAUUUAGAAAAGAUAAUCAGCCUAAAAAAGCUAAAUUAGCAGAAAAAUUGUUAGUGGAUACUAUAUCCCCAUCUUAUAUGUCUAGUGAUGAAGCUUUGGCCCUUAUUUUAGAUUGUAAUUUAACAAAAACAUCUUAUCAACUGAUGAAAAACAAAGCUGAUGAAAAGGAAUGCAGUCUCUACCCAGCAUAUAAUAAUGUUAGAAUGGCAAAAGAUCGAUGCUAUCCUAAAAAUAUAUGUGUAACUGAUUAUACUGCUAGUGUUCCACUUCAAGAUCUACUGGAUCACACUACAACAAGACUUUUGGAGACACAGACUGGUGUUGUAAAUGCCAAUGAGUAUAAUAGAGUAACCCUAAUAUACAAAGCUGGUUUUGAUGGCUCAAGUGGGCAUAAACUCUCAUCUAUUGUUAAUGAUAAAAAGAUUAUUCUUUGGAGAAACUCUAAACCAUCAUCUACUUUGUACUGUCGACCUUUGCGAUUUAAAUUUGUAGAGGAAACUGCAGACCUUCUUCGUAGUGAGGAAUUGACAUUAAAAAAUGAGAUCAAACAGCUAACUAAAACAAGCUAUAUCCUACUUAAUGGUAAGCCUAAUGAUGUUGACAAUAAAAUUGAAAUUACUAUGAUUGAUGGAAAAGCCCAUACUGCAUUAUCUGUUGUAACUGACUCAUCACAGUGUUGCUCUCUUUGUGGUGUUAGUCCUAAAGAAAUGAAUGAUAUUGACAAGGUGUUACUGAAGUUGCACACUCAAAAUGGAUUACAAUAUGGGAUUUCAAUUCUACAUGCAUGGAUACGAACAUUCGAAUGCUUAAUCCAUAUUGCUUACAAAUUGUCAGUUAAAAAAUGGUCAGCAAGAUUGCCAGCUGACAAGCAACAAAUCGAAAUGCAAAAGAAAAAAAUUCAACUUGCUUUUCAAGAGAAGAUGGGAUUGAUUGUCGAUAGGCCUAAGGCUGGCGGCUCAGGAACAUCUAAUGAUGGCAACACCUCCAGAAGAGCCUUUCAGAAUGAACAACUGUUUUCGGAAAUCACAGGACUUAAUUUUGAACUUAUCAAAAUGUUCCAUGUUGUUCUGAGAUGUAUUUCAUGUGGUUUUGAGCUUGAUGCAGUUUUAUUCAGGGAAUACUGUACACAUACAGCUAGGUUUUACAUGGAGUGCUAUCCAUGGUAUUAUAUGCCGCAAAAAUUCACAAAAUAAUAAUUCAUCCUCCCAGUGUUGUUGAUUACAAGACAUUACCAAUUGGGCUCUUAAGUGAAGAAGCUAUAGAGGCUCGGAAUAAAGAUUUUAAAAAGUAUCAUGAGCAUUUUACACGCAAGUGUGACCGUAUCAAAUGUAAUGAAGAUUUAUUUAAGCGGUUAUUUUGUUCUAUUGAUCCAGUCAUUUCUUCACUAAGAACAAUAGUUAGUACUAAGAAGAAGGUUUUGCCAGAAGGUGUUCUGCAACUGUUAAAAAACAGUGUUUAGUUGUUCUUUUUAUGGAAUUUUACAGGCUAAUUUUUGGU